ACACACACGUACAUCGUACAUUGAAGGCUACACGCGUCUAGAUGUGUCGAGAACUGGUCCUCUGGUUCGCUAAUUAUGUUAGGAAUCGCGUAAACAGUACGCAAAACAAAGCCUCAAGGUCCACCACGACCAUGUCGGCGGAGGCGGUGGUCUAAGCCCGAUAAGUCGGCCAAGAUUGCAUCCAUUGACCCGAUACGCUUCCGCUAUCGAUCGUACCGGGGCGCAAUGGGGUGGCACACUAAGAUAAGCAGCUUGGCAAGGCAACCAAGCCACCGCAGAGUGAGCAAAUUAUUUCGGCCCGCAGUGCCCGUUCGCUAUGGUCGCGUUUACGUGGGUGCUGGUUUUGUGUACGAUUGUGCUGACCGGUGUUGCUGUUCGUAUGUUUCUGCGUAGACGCCAAACCUUCUGGCAGCGGCACGGCAUACCGGCGGCUCGCCAUCCCCACCCGCUGUACGGCAAUGUGGGCGGGCUGGUGACGAAGCACCACACUGCCACGGUGCUGCAGCGGCUGUAUCGGGAGUUCCGCGAGCGCAAGCUACCGGCCGGUGGAUUCAACCUGUACUUCUCGCCCGUGCUGCUCGUCGUUGAUCGGCAGCUGAUCGAGCGGGUGCUGGUGAACGAUUUCGCCCAGUUUCAAAACCGUGGCCUGUACGCGAGUGCCACGGUGAAUCCGCUGAGCAGUGAGACGCUCUUCUCGGUGGCGGGCGAACGAUGGCACCGCAUGCGACAGCAGCUGCGGCCGGCGCUUGGGUCGAGCAGUGUGCGCACCAUGUUCGCAACGACGGCGCGCAUCGCCCAGACGUUGGUGGUGUACAUUGGGGCGCAGAGCCGCCGGCGGGAUCUGGAGUGGACCGAUCUGAUGGCACGGUACGCCACGGACGUGAUCGGCAGCUGUGCGUUCGGUAUCGACUGUCGGACGAUACGCGACCCGGGCUCGGAGUUCCGGGCGAUGGGACACCGUGCGUUCCGGUGCAGCUUGCGGCGGAUGUGGAAGCUGCGGUUCGGGUACGCCUGCCGGCGGGUUGCCGACGCGAUGCGGCUGUGCGUGAGUGAGCCAUCGGUGGAGCAGUUCUUCCUGCAGCUGUGCCAGUCGACGGUGCUGCACCGCGAGAGCUACCAGGUGGUGAAGCGCGACUUUCUGCAGCAGCUGCUGGAGAUGAAGGCGAACGGGGCGCUCGACAUGCGGCAGGUGGCUGGCCAGUGCUAUUCGUUCUUCAUUGCCGGGUUCGAGACGUCCGCCAGCCUGCUCAGCUUCUGUCUGUACGAGCUGGCCAAGCAUGGGGCGGUGCAGGACAGGCUGCGUGGCAGCAUUGUGGCAGCACUGGACGAAACCGAUGGUCAGCUGAGCUACGAUAUGGUGAUGGCGCUUGGAUAUCUCGAUCAGGUGGUGAAGGAAACACUGCGAAUGUAUCCACCGGUUGAUUUCCUGUUCCGUGUCGCCAGCAAUGACUAUCCCAUUGACGGGUUUGGGACCAUCCCGCAGGGUACACUGUUGGUCGUUCCCGUCCACGCGCUACACCGUGAUCCCGCCUACUAUCCUCAGCCGGACGUGUACAAUCCGGACCGGUUUGCCGCCAGUUCCAAGCUAUCCGGCGCGUCGAAAAAUCGCCCACCCUUUAUGCCGUUUGGACUCGGGCCACGGCACUGUAUCGGGGACACCUUCGGGCUGAUGCUGGUGAAGGUCGGCUUGGUGGCAAUGGUGCGAUCGUUCCGCUUCACGCUGGACGUGGACCGUACGCCGGAAAACGUUACAUUUAAGCCGCGUUCGCUUGUCCUAGCCGCUGGCAGCGGUAUGUACCUGAACGUGGAGAGAGUUUGACCGGCUGAGCGAUAAGACGUCGGGCCAGUAAACCCCCCUUUGCGGUGAAGUAGAUGAGGGGGGUCUUUGGAUAGAGGUAACUACCACGGCAUCGAUUAUCGUAUCACAGGUGUACGUACGCAAGGGUGUAUGCCAACUCAUCGUAUUUUUGUGGCCUUUUAUCUGCCGUCAGAAUAGGGUGGCAACAAUAGAUAUUAAAGUAUGGGAGCUUGGGGUAAUAUUCUAUGUAAGUGGCCCUUCCCGUUUAAGACAAGAGAGAACCUUAUCAUGGGACACAAGGGGCAGAGCAAUAGUACCCACAUGUGCAGCUGGAUUUGAACCUAAACUAAAACUCUCUUCUGCCUCAAGAAAUACUGGCCGGAUCGCCCGCUAGCGCUUUACUUCAACGAAUGUAAGUGGCCGUUUGCCAUAUGGUUAUACUUGGCAAAAUGAACAUAGCAUCGGGGCAAUAUAUGCUAAACUAAACAACUGUUUGUUGGUAACUCUUGUACUCAAUAAAGUUUUUUUUAUAAAUAUUUCGUAUAAUUUA